UUUUUUUUACUUUUUUAACCGCUAAUUAUCAUUUGUUAUAUUAGUUUUCAUUUCUUUCUAAUGUUAUAAUAUUGAAAUUUUAACUUACCUAUACAGACAAGUUUAAAUUGAUGUAUUCUGUUUUAUAUUAUUGUCUCUAACUUAAAAAUGUGAUCAUGAAGAAACGCUACUGUCAUCGUCCUCAGUUGCCUUUGUCGACUAUGAUUUUAUUUAUCUAAUCAGUGUAACGAUCAAGUGGUCGGGUGUCCACUCUUGACAAUAAUUCCGCUUGUGAACAUUUAUUUCAUUUUGAAAAUUAUAAUUACUAUUACUCGUUUUUUGAGAGUAAUAAAGACGAUUACGGUGUUUUCUAUUAAUUUUAUUAACGUAGUUAUAUAUAUUUGGCUACCUUAAUAGCCAUACAAAAGUAAUUUCUUUUCAAUACUUUUUAGUCUGUGAUAAUAAUAAAUAAUUUUAAAAAUUCGUUACCGUUGUCUAAUAUCCUUAUUGAUAGUCUUAAAACUAGCAAUCAAUUGUAAUAAUCUUGCAUGGUUGUUAAAUCCAUCAACACAAAACUGAGCUGUGAAUUUUAUGUUAAUCUUAUGUCUUCCUUUGGUGAGUGAAUUCUUAGUGAAUAGCAUUAUGUCUGUCAAAGAUGGACCUGUUGUUAAAAUGGAUGUGGACUGCCCAUCAAGUUUAAAGAGAUCUAAUAGUGCUCCUAUGAUAAAUGAUAUAAACAAUACAAUUUCAGGAUCUCAGUGCACUCCAUUAUCAAGGGAAAAUCAAUUCAAUGUGUUUUUGAGAAAUGUUCAACCUCGCUUUCGCAGAUUUAGUACUAGUGGGAGUCCAAAUAUAAUGCCAAAUACUUCUCCAAAAUUAGUUCAUAGGGUUAAUCAAUUACGCCAAGAAGAAACAAUUGACUUAAUCAACAGGGAAGUAGCUCAUGAAAGAGAAAUACAUUCUGCAAUGCAAAUAUCACAAUCAUGGGAAGAUUUGUCUAUUAUGAUAGACUCACCUUCAAAAGUUGAUGUAGAAGGACAGUAUGGAAAACAACCUGGAAGCAGAAGUAGUCUAUAUGAUCCUUUACAUUUAAACCUAUCAAUGGCUUCAGCUCCAUCAUCACCUUCACCAACUAGGUCUUUGAGGCAUUGUGUAUCACCAUCACUUUUUAAACCAAAUUUAUCGCCAAGUCCUACUCGCAAAACAUUUACUUCUGGAAGUUUAAGUCCUAUAUCAAUGCGACCUAGUGCUUUAGGACCAGUCAAAAGAAAAUGUGAAAUGGACGACUAUGAACCAAUCACUAAAAAGUGGGGUUUACUUAUUACCAAUACUAGACCUGAACCAAUGCAAGUUUCUGGUAUUGUUCCUACUACAAUGGAUGCCACAUUAGUCACUGAAUCCAUUUGUAGUAGUAGUGGUGACUCUUCUAAUAGCAAUCAUUCAUUUUCAUUCAGACCAUUACAAACAUUAAUGGAUGAAUCAAAAACAAAUUCCCAAUAACUUAUUAAAUUAAUAAAUUGUCAUGUAUUUAUUUAAAUUAGUAAGCACCUUUCUUUUUACCCACAUGUAAAUGUUGACUUAUAUUAUUUUCAGCUAAUAUUAUUUAUAUUAUAAUUAUUUUUAUGCUAAUCAUUUUAUCAUUACUAUCAUGAUGCUUGUUUUGUAAAACACUUAAUUGUAUUGCAAAAAAUAUUGUUGUUGUUUAGAAUAAAUUUUGUUGUUGACUAGUCCAUUG